AUGUGGCCUGAAACUAUCGCAUCUGCCGUCAACAACCUGAGCUAUGGCGGAAGUGGCUUCCAGCUGGAUCUCUUCAGCCCGCUGCUGCUCUCUGUCUCUUCUGGCCAGAGCUUGAGCCUCCCUCCUCGCAGCUCUGUCUUCUGCCUCCUCGAUGGUGCAGGUCAGCCAGGUCAGGGGGGAUCCUUCCCGACACCACCAGAGGAUGGGCUAAGAUGGAAUCAGGCGGUGGUGGAGACGGCGGUGGUGGAGACGGCGGUGGUGGAGAAGGCGGUGGUGGAGAAGGCGGUGGUGGAGAAGGCGGUGGUGGUGGAGAAGGCGGUGGUGGUGGAGAAGGCGGUGGUGGAGAAGGCGGUGGUGGAGAAGGCGGUGGUGGAGAAGGCGGUGGUGGAGAAGGCGGUGGUGGAGGAGGCGGUGGUGGAGAAGGCGGUGGUGGAGAAGGCGGUGGUGGAGAAGGCGGUGGUGGAGAAGGCGGUGGUGGAGAAGGCGGUGGUGGAGAAGGCGGUGGUGGUGGUGGCGGAGGAGGAGGCGGUGGUAGUGGAGGCCCAUAUGGCAUGA